AUUAAUUAAGAGUGAAGUCCAUUUGUCGUAUUUGUCAACAUUUUUAAUAAAGUUAGGCGUACACGAAAAAUUACUAUUUAUAUUGGAGUAUUAUGGUUUCACUGCAAUUGAAACCGAAUUUUCUCGCCCCAGAUUCACAUUUCAACCAUAUUUGCUCGAUCACACAACUGUUGUGACAUGAACGUUUAUUUGCAAUGCUAAUCGGAGCAAUUCAAUAGAAACAAAAAAUUGUGAAGACAUAACGCGAGAAAUAAACUAAUUUUAAUUUUAUUUUAAUCACAUAACAAACAAACCCACCAAAACACACAAUCGACGGCAAAAUGGUGGGUCCAAGCUCCCAAGUUAGUAAAGCGCUACUUUGCCUUCUGUUCCUGUUAUUGGCAUUUUAUAUUUUUAUGGACAUUCAAUUAUAUUUACGUAUAAAAAAUUAUCCAAUCGAACGAGAUUACCACUUGAACAUAACAACACUAAUAACAAAUAAUGUACUGGGUGGUGUAGCAACAACAGAUUUGACAGUAAUCAAAUCAGUCGGUUAUUACGAGCAACACCAAUGGGUAUCUUGUGAUGUAAAUCCACUUUGCCAUGUGACUGUAAAAGCUGUGCUCCUCGAUCAUACAAAUCAUUAUCUUUUUGCACCGCUAGCUACCAUAUUCGACAAUGUCGUUGGCAUUUCGCGCACCACAUUCAUCACAGCAAACAUGAUAUCUUUCUUCCAUGUGGGAGUGGCAUGCAUUGCAGGAAAGAUGGUUUCAUCCGACAGUUUGGGCUAUCGCCGAUUGGGUGUGGUACUCUUCCAAUUCCGCACAUUCCUUGAUGACUUGGAUGGCCAUGUGGCUCGUGCCAAGAAGCAUAUACAUGGAGAACGUUCGGAAGUUGGAACAUCCGGUUAUUAUAUUGAUGGCCUUUGCGACGGUUUGGGUUGUAUUGCACUACUUUUAGGUAUUUUCUUUUAUCUAAAAAAUAAUCCGCCACGUCGGGGUUACUCUCAAAUACCAAUGAGUGAAUCAAAACUACCUGAACCAGUGACGAGACCCAAAAUGAAAUCUAUGACACCGAAAAUUGUCAAGAAAGUUUUAAGCUUCACAGGGCAGCUGCUUGUUAGCUCGACUGCUUGGAAUCGCUACAUCGCCGUAUACCAAGACAUGUUGGAGCGUAACGACGUAAAGCCAACGCAAUUUAUUCGUCAAAAUAUCACAUUCAAGUCGGCAUGGUUCUUGUGUGUGGCUUGGAUGUGGCGCAUAGUAAACGUACAUUCUUUGCUUCAUCUUGUGUUAUUAAGUAUAUUCUGCGAUAAAUUGUGGGACUUCUUAAAGGCCAUACAAUAUGUCGGUUACAUCAUAUUAAUAAUUGUAAUUUGUAUCAGUGAAAUGCAUGUUAUUGAGGCUCAUAAUUUCAUUUUUAACACUAUUGCUGGUAAUAACACAUCGUUCUGAUUUCUAAAUGUCGUGUUGUAUAAAAUGUGAACUGUUACUAAAUCCGAAAUAUUUUAUGUAAAAUUUAAUACUUUAUAUACAAAACUCACAAUUCAACAUAACAUACAUAUGUAUAUUGCAAAAAAAGUAAACGAAGAACAAAUUUGAUUUUUAAAUAAAAGCUAAAUAAGUUAUAUAUUUGUGUAAG